AUGGCCGCAGCCACUGCCGCCGCCGCUUCUACCAUGUCCCUGCUCCCGAUCUCCCAGCUCAGGCAGCAGCAGCACGGCGCGGGCGCCGUGGUCGUGUUCCGGCGGCAGCCCCGGGACGCACGGCGGAGGCGAUACGUCGUUCCGACGGCGAGGCUGUUCGGGCCGGCGAUCUUCGAGGCGUCCAAGCUGAAGGUGGUGUUCCUGGGCGUGUUCGAGGAGAGCAGCAAGCACGGGCACCCGACGCCGGCGCCGACGGCGGGGAAGCCGCCGCCGCUGCUGCCGCGGACGUACACGCUGACGCACAGCGACGUGACGGCCAGUCUGACGCUGGCCGUGUCCCACACCAUCAACCGCGCGCAGCUGCAGGGCUGGUACAACCGCCUGCAGCGCGACGAGGUGGUGGCCGAGUGGAAGAAGGUGCGGGGGCGGAUGUCGCUGCACGUGCACUGCCACAUCUCCGGCGGCCACUUCCUGCUCGACCUCAUCGCCGGCCUCCGCUCCUACAUCUUCCGCAAGGAGCUCCCCGUGGUGCUCAAGGCGUUCGUGCACGGCGACGGCGACCUGUUCAGCCGGCACCCGGAGCUGGAGGAUGCCACGGUGUGGGUCUACUUCCACUCCAACCUGCCCCGCUUCAACCGCGUCGAGUGCUGGGGUCCGCUCCGCGACGCCGCCGCGCCGCCUGCCGAGGACGACUCCACCGCGCCGGCCGCCGCCGCCUCCAAGGAGGGGCAGAUGCCGCCCGUGGGCGAGUGGCCGUACCGGUGUCCCCAGCAGUGCGACUGCUGCUUCCCGCCACACAGCCUCAUCCCCUGGCCGAACGAGCACGACAUGGCCGCCGCCGCCGACGCCUCCGCCGCCGUCCAGGCCCAACAGCAGUAG